CCCCGUCGCGCGUCGUACCCUUUUUCUUCCCCGUUGCGUUGUCCGAGAUCGCACGCACGCACGCACGCACAACUCCGGAGCGGAUAGAGGGUAAAGAGAGGGAGGGGGGGAAUGGGGGAGAGGAAGGUUGGAGGAUCGUGGCACCCGGGGCGCCGAUCAACACUCGCGCGUCAUCGGCCGAUACGACGACGAUCUCGUUAACGACGCGGCCGACGGCCUUCUUCUCCUCCUCGUCGACGGACAGACGGACGGACGUUUUCUUCUUCUUUUUCUUCUUCCUUUUCCUCUUAUUUCGACGCACCACAGACACCACAGACUCUGCGACGAACACACGGGGGCGCGCGCGCGCGCGCGCGCACACACUCGCGCCGGGGUAUCGAUAAGUAUCGCCGUUGGAUCGCCGGACGGCGGGAUCCGUUGCCUACUUCAGCCGGGUCGCCCGUCGCGGCCGGUCCGUGGCCGCGUCUGCCACCAUUGCACGGGGAUGCGAGCGGCGGUGAAUAUCCAUUCCCCCUUCUGCCCUCUGCCCUCGCGCGUCGUUACGUCGUAUAUCCGUUAUCGAUAAUGCAAACGCGCGGAACCGAACCAAGCACACUAUCUCUCUCUCUCUCUCUUUCUUUCUUUCUCUCCUCUAGUCUCGUCGACUCGCCGCUUCGUUCACGGCGAGGACACGUCGGCUGCUCUUCCCUCACGGGUUGAUCGAUGCGCGCACCGCGCCGCUGACAACGCCGUCGUUACGACGACGAGUGUCCAUUCUACGACGGCGAGCGACGAAGGGGAGAACAAAUCCGACUUGUAGCCGCGCGCGGCGUCAACAGUCGCCGAGCGCGCGCCGCUGCUCCGCCUGCUGAUGAUCCAUCUCGAGCGGGGGGGAGGGGGGGGGGGAGUACACGAUCCUCGAUCGAAGCAGGAGAGAGAGAGAGUGUGAGCGUGUGUCUGUGUGGCGGCAGCGGCGAGACAGUAGUGGUAGGGAGGAGACGAGCGAGAGAGCGAUGGCCCGGUCGAUGUUUAUCGUCGAGCGCGCGCCGCGAAUGUCACUCGAAACGAGCCGGGGGAAACGACCGUUAACUCCCCGCGAACGCGAAAUGAAUCCCGCGGGACGUCAGUCCGGACGGACGCCCAUUUGCCCCGGGUGUCACUCGUGUCGUGGCGCACCGCGCGUCUCCGCGGCACGGUCCUCUCCUCGCGCGUGGUCUCCUAGAGGCGGCCUGUCCGACGCCGGUCCGUCGCGAGCGCGAGAAACCAACGAAAACAGAGAGAGAGAGAAAGAAACGCGCGCGCGCGCGCGGACAAUACGAGCGUGCGGCGACGACACCACCUUCCGCGUGGGCCGUGCGAUCAGCGACUGGCGCGGGGUACGCAAGCGCCCGUAUAUUUAGCCGCGCCGCGCCAGCGCCACCUGCAGGCCCGAGCGGUACUAAACCCCAUGCCUUACGACGUACAGGGUGAUCUACGCGAAACGCGGAGGCUUUUUUCCCCCCACUUUCCGGAAAACUAUUAGAGAUGGAAUUCUUUUUUGGUCGUUGGACGAUUCGUCUAUCUCGCUAACAAAUGGAGCUUCGCGCCGCCGGACUCUUCCCCCUCCCCCCGCCGGGCAGGAAGGAAAAAGCAAACUUCCUUAUUCUUUUAAAUUGCAAGCGCCUUUUUCGUAACGUAAAUCGAGUUUCCUCAUCAGCCUGCAUGUAAAUCAUUAGGCAAGAUCCACUCUCGCCGCGGAUAGACGUGGAUAUUUUACAAGAUUUUCAUAUUUUAUCUCGAUACUUUCUAUAACACAAAGGUAGGUAGUGUCUCGUAAAAUAUGCGCUUUCCGAUGAUUCCGCUUUAAUGCCUCGCUUACUUGAGCAUAGAAACGACGAGAAAACGAAUCGAUUUCUCUGUGACACGUUUUUUUGAAUAGCUCUGGCGAUUAAAUUUCAAUAAGAAUCCGCGAAAAGUACAGGAUGCUUCGUCUUUUCAAUACAAAUAAUGUCACUCGAGAUCUAUAAAUAAUAAAAUUCCUCUUAAGCGACAUUCAGAUCCCCAAAGAGAACAUCUUACAUGACGCUUUAUCAAUUAUUUAUUAAAAAGAUAACUUUCAGCGUGAAAUUUUAUUGACUUUACUUCGCGCGUCAGAUCCCCUUUCUCCCCGUUGAUGAAAAUUUCAAUGAUGGCGCCAAGAAGCGAGCGGCCGAGAUAAACGGGUUCCGCGAAUUGCGACGAGGGGAGAGGGGGCGGAAGGAAGGGGAGGAUGUUAGAUCCGAGCUCGCAAAUAAAUCACCGUUCGACUUAUCAUCGCGGCGAUAAACCGCGCGACGUACUCGCCUCGUCGACGAUACGCGAUGCGCUCCACACCGACGACGUCUGCGACACACGCCACUUACGGGAGAUCGGAGAGCACCACGCGUUCACGCGAGAAAGAAUUUUCGGUCCGGUCGCCUCGAUUGGGACCCGCAAGCUCGUCGCGCCGCGAACAGAUUUCCCUGUAACCACGCGCGCGGCUCCUCGGCAGCGCUCGUCCGCGCUCGGCCGCCUUCGGUUCCGCUUCCCCCCAUCACCGCUCCGCGGCGCCUCGGGGAGACGGGAGACGGGAGAGUCGACUCCGCGACGGACAGCACGAAUCUCCCGACGUUCAGGCGUCUGAUCCGCGGACGUAAAUAUUACGACGUGUUUUAGCAUAUGUAUUGAAUCAUGUAUCAUGUAUAUUCGCCGCCGCCGCCGCCGCCGUCGUUCGGCUCCAUGAUCCACGACGCACCGAAGGACGUCGGCCCGACAGCUGCGUUUCCAGGCAUCGAAAGGCACUUAUCUAAGUCAAAAAUCGCAAGUCGCAUUCGUGCUGCUGCUGCUGCUGCUGCUGCUGUUGCCGCUGUUGCCGCUGUUGCUGCUGCUGUUGCUGCUGCUGCUGCUGCUGUUGUUGUUACAGUCGCACAAGUCGGAAUUGAAUCGCGAGCUCGAACUGCUAUCGCUACCGUAAGUUUCAUCGCUGGUCGCUCGAAACAUUUCCCGUUGGAGAUCGUCCGUUAUGCCCGAUCGUUUAUCGACGGACGACAAGUAAUCCAAAAGGUCAGCAACAAUUUCACGACGUGGCCUGUUGAAAAAUGUACCUACUACCUCGGGAAUAUCGAUGAGCGGCCGCUUCGAUAGGACGUGCCUGCGAGAACGAUUUUAAUGAUAUAUCAUUAAUCUUGACGGGAAUGAAAUUCCCGUCGCGUAUUAAAUAUUGUAAUUGGCAAAUCGCGUUCUUAAAAAUAAAAUUAUUGUCGGAGAAGAAGCACGAAAAAAACAAAUAUACGAGCUCCACAUAAUAACUGUAAAUAACUAUAAUAAAUUAUAAGUAAUGCGCUGUAAAAUAAUUACAACGGAAUCAAGUAUAAAGAGGAAUAUAAAGAU